AUGGGAAUCAUAUUAGAAUUUUGCUAUGAUGCAAUCAUGCCGCCGGUUCCCUUUUGCGGGGAAAUUCUUUCCUUGUCUAGAAGGAGGCAUGAGAGUCCCAGAAAAACAACUAAUUAUCAAAUUAUAAUAAUUAGGAUUUCAAUUAUGCCAGCAACCGUGAAUUACCGGGUCGUUGAGCCCCAUCCUUCCGUUUCGCGCCCAGCUCUUCAUACAGCUCGCGGCGGCGCAGGCAACAUCAUCAGCCUGAAGAACACCAAGACCACCCCUUCACAGACGGCCACCGGUCCCCCAUCCUUGACACGUCUGGACUCUCACGUCCCUCCCGUCUACAAGUCCGGCCGUGGCGGUGCUGGAAACGUCCACAGCAGCAGUGAGCGCGCCAUCUUCAGCUUCGACGAGGAACUCGAACGGGACCUUCGUCGCGCCGCUCCAGUCUACCACGUCGGCCGCGGUGGUGCCGGAAAUAUGGUCUACAGCGACAAUGGAAGCACCCUGAGCCGCAAGUUCUCCGCCAGUAGCAAUGCCACGUCGAGUAGCACGGGGUCGACCAGCUCUACUCGGGAGAAGGCCCUGCGCGGCUUAGAGAAGGGCUGGGGCAAGUUGAGAGGAAUGGCAUAG